AUGAAAUUAUAUGUCCCCCUGCUAAAAUCUUGCACUACCCGGAGACCCCUUUCACAAAUCCAUGCCCAACUCCUCACCAUUGGCCUCCACAGAGACCCACUUCUAUCCACCAAACUCUUAGAAUCAUACUCCAAAACCUCCGGCAUCACCGCCGCUGUAAAAAUCUUCAACAACUUCACAAACCCAGAUUCGUUCAUGUGGGCAGUGAUGCUCAAAUGCUACGUCUCUAAUCUCCAUUAUAAAGAAGCCAUCUCUUUAUAUCACCAUGGAUUGCUCUACCGUCAGUUUGAAGUUAGCAGUUUUGUUCUUACUCCUGUUCUUCAAGCUUGUGCGGGUUUUUAUAACAUGCCAAUUGGAAGAAAGAUUCAUGGGAGAAUCUUUAAAGAUGGGUUUGACUCUGAUGUAAUAGCUGAGACUACGUUGAUUGAAAUGUAUGUAAGAGGAGGAAGGCUUGGAGACGCUUAUCGGGUAUUUGAAGAAAUGCCUGUCAGAGAUGUGGUUUCUUUGAGCUCGAUGAUUUCGGGUUGCAUUCGAUGUGGGCAAGCUGAUGAAGGUUUGAAUUUGCUUGCUAGAGUGGAUUUGCGAGGUUUUGAAGAGGAUAGGGUGUUGGUGCUAACAGUUGCUGAUGCUUGUGCUGAUAUGGGAUUACUGAAAGAAGCAAAAUCAGUUCAUUGCCGUAUUAUAAGAAAACGGUCUGAACCUGAUGAAGUUAUGGAGAAUUCACUCAUCACGAUGUACAGUGAAUGUUAUGAUUUAGAAAGUGCUGAGAAUAUAUUUGGGAUGACAUCUAUGAAGACUGUUGUCUCUUGGACUGCUAUGAUCUCAGCUUACAACCGAAUGUCAUGUUAUAGAGAAGCGAUAAUUGUCUACAAUAGAAUGCUGGAAUCAAAUAUAGAGCCCAAUGAAGUUACUCUGAUGGGUGUUGUAUAUUCCUGUACUAAGUUAGGCUUGCUUAAAGAAGGAAAAUCGAUCCAUGGUUUUACUCUAAGAAGAAGCAUAGACCCUCAUCUGAGCUCCCUUGGAUCUGCAUUGAUAACUAUGUAUUCCAGUUUCAGAAAGCUCGAGACUUGUUUCAAUGUGUUUGAUUCCAUAGAGAAGAAAACAUUACUCUCAUGGAACUCGCUCAUGGCAGCUUGCACUCAGAAUGUAUCUCCAGAGAUAGCAAUACAACUUUUUGUUCAGAUGAUGAACAAAGGAUUUCUCCCUGAUUCUUUUACUCUGGCAAGUGUUCUCCCUGUUUGUGGGCAUAUUGCCAAAAUCUCUCUUGGGUGUGAAAUCCAUGGCAUUGCUAUAAAAAUCGGUACUAUGACAAGCACAUUUGUUCGGAACUCUCUCAUAGAUAUGUACUGUAAAUAUGGUUCAAUAGAAACUGCAUUAAGAGUGUUUGAUGAGAUUAACACCAAGAACACCGUAACAUGGAACACUAUGAUCAGUGGAUUAUCUGAUUGCGGGUUUUCAGAAAAUGCAAUCAAACUUUUCGAGCAAAUGUACUAUCAGGGUGAUGAAAUGGAUACUGUGACCUAUCUAAAUGCAAUCAAGGCCUGCACAAAUCUUGGUUCUUUAAGUAAAGGAAGAUGGACGCAUCAUAAGCUUUUAGUAUCAGGUUUCAAAAAGGAUAUUCACAUUUGUACAGCUCUCACCGAUAUGUAUGCAAAGUGUGGAGAUAUUAGAAUGGCCAGACAAAUCUUUGACAGUGUUCCUGAUAAGAAUGUUGUGUUAUGGAGUUCAAUUAUAUCUGGCUAUGGAAACCAUGGACUCAUAAGUGAUGCAAUUUCGCUCUUUAUGGAAAUGGUAGAUUCGGGUGUAAGACCAAAUGAAGUGACAUUUAUGGCCAUUUUAUCUGCUUGUUGUCAUGCUGGACUAGUAGAAGAGGGAUUGUAUUACUUUGACCUGAUGAGAGAAAAGUUCAAUAUUGAGCCAGACUUAGAUCACUAUGUAUCUGUUGUCAAUCUUUUGAGUCGAGCUGGCCAGAUUAAUAAAGCAUAUGAGUUCAUCAGAUCGAUGCAGAUAGAGCCAGAUGAUAUGAUUUGGCGAGCGCUUCUUAAUGGUUGUCAUAUUAAUCAAAGAGGAGAUAUGGUUAGAGUUAUUCAAAGAUGA